CAGCCAAGAAGCUGAAGUGGCGGCGAUGGCGUCCCACAUGAAGAACAGCGCAGCGCAGCUUCCUGCCAUGCUUUCGCAGCUUUCUUCCGUGCACAGCGAUGCUGGAGACCAGCAAGAGCAACGCCACAAGCUAUUUGCCAUGUGCCAGCGCCAGGAGCUCACUGACGUCGUGUUGCUGCUGCAGCCCGAGCCGCUGCAGUCUCAAGACGAGGCAAUGAGUGACGUCCAGGAGGUGGCUGCACACCGAGUCAUUCUAGCCACUGCCAGUCCCUUUUUCCACGCUCUAUUCACCAGCGGUAUGAAGGAAUCUCACGAGAUUUCGCCCCGCGUUCCUCUGCCUGGCGUGCCCUUUGCAGCCUUUCAGGAAAUACUACGAUACGUUUAUAUGGGCGAGUUGAGGGUCUCCGGAGACACGAUCCUGUCUGUGCUUCAUGCCGCCAAUCGGCUGGAGCUGGAGGAAGUAGUGGAGAUCUGCUGCAAGCAGUUGAUGCUGGAGAUCAACGUGAACAACUGCGUGGAGAUUUACAUGAGCUGUGAGCAGCUCCAGAUGCGAGCGGCGUGCAGACUACUAGCGCAAGCGGCACGAGCCAUGAUCGACACGUACUUCUGCGAUGUGUAUCGGAGCGAGAGCUUCAAGAACUUGUCGCUACACGCCGUGAUGAAGAUCCUGCGGCCGAAGGAGAGAAACAACAGCACAGCGGUGAAGAGCUGGAUGAUGCGUCAUCCCAUAGCGAAACAAAGACAAUUGUCGGAAGUGCUACAGCUACCGACCAAUACAGAGGACGAGACAGCACCGAAGCGACGGAAUAGUGGCAACGCUAUGGUCAACAGCAAGGAGAGACGGCCGUCGGUGUCGACUGAUGAUGCGAUGGACGUGUACACUGCCAAUGUCUUAUCGCGGGAGAUUGAAGAGAACGCCAAGCGUCAGUUGACCCCGACUGUGUUCGUCAUUGGAGGGUUCAACAGCCCUGGAGCGCUCAAUUCCGUCGAGUAUCUGGACUUCCAUCGUCGUGAAUGGCACCCAGCAGCGUCCAUGGCCACAAGACGCUCGUACGGUGGCGUCGCAGUCUCGAGUGACCACAAGAUAUUCGUCAUGGGAGGUACUAGCAGCAGCUCCCAUCAUCAUAAAACUAUGGAGGUGUAUGACCCUGAGGCCAACACUUGGACGUCGAUGCCUGCGAUGAAGAAUGCACGCAGCUACCUUGGAGCAACAAUGGUGGGGGAUUUUAUCUACGCCGUUGGCGGAUUUAACGGCCAGACACAUCUGUCGUCUGUGGAGCGGUUCGAUAUCCAGACGCAGCACUGGGAGAGUAUGCCUUCUCUCUCAACAGGGCGCAGCGGACUGGCCGUCGCUGCUCUGAACGGACUAGUGUACGCUAUUGGCGGGUAUGACGGUAGAAAACACUUAAAGAGCGUGGAAGUGUUCGAUCCGCAGACCAACGAAUGGUCCACGAUCGCGAGCAUGCGCUAUGCUCGCAAUGGUCCAGCGGCGGUUGUGCAGGAACGCUGCAAUAGUAUUCUGGUCUAUGGAGGGGAAUCGCGUCAUGGGUCGAGAAUGAACACAAGCGACCGACUGGACUUGGAUAGCGGCGUAUGGAGUGACGCCGACGCGUUUGCCGACUGUCGUAGUGGCCAUGUGGCGUCUAGUUUUCUCAACGAGUCGUUCGUCUUCUGCUUGGGGGGUUCCAACAAGAAAGACGAGUACCUGGAUGCUGUGCAUCGCUUUGACAACUUGUCCAAGCAGUGGACGCUCCACUCGCAGAUGCGAGCGCAGCGUUGCGGACUGAGUGUUGCAGUUGUCAAGACCUCGCGUUAUGCCGAGUGCUUUGCAGUACAGAAGCAACGAGAGCAGCAACUGGACAGCACGUCGUCGUCUUUGUGGCGGAAGAGCUGUGAGGGAAACACCUUCGCACAGGGAGCGUAACGAGAAGAUGACGAAGAGAGCCACUUAUUUUAUAUAUUAA